GCGUGUGGCCUUUACAGUCCCCCAUACAACCAUCCAGAGCACUCAUGGUACCAUAAGUGCUCUAUCGCGCCUUCAUCAGGACCUGUCCCAUUUGACGUCCAGUUACUAGCCGCCAAAGUGUUGAACCUAACGAAUCCCGACUAACUGCAGCCUCCACACAAGCCAACUGGCGCUGAAUGAUUGUUUUCUGUGAUACAUACAUAUACUUCAUGUAUUGGUAAGUGCGUUGGUCGGCUCGCUAGAGUGUCCGAAAUCUGACAGCACCAGUAGGCCUAUGUUGGGACUGUCCCAACUAGAGUGCUGUAGUUGGGUUGGCCCCACGUACAUGCAUGUAUACCUGUAUGUUUCCUUCCUCCACUUAGUUUUGCUUAUUGCUCAGGGUCGUACACUGGAACGCCCGUGAGCUUUUGUGAUGGAAAUGAGGCGUUAGAUGGAUUAUGAUAACUUAGGACUCACAAUGGAGGUGUUUUCCGCAUGGAAGCUUCUUCUCGACGCACGGACGCUUGUGCUCGGUAUCGUGGUGUUCCUUGUCUUGUUUCGAUACCUCCGUCGACCACGAAACCGGCCGCCUGGUCCCUGGGGUUUGCCGAUUCUUGGCAAUCUUCAACUGCUGAUGCCAGGGGACACGCUGUUCAGGCGGAUUUCUAAACUGACUGAUAGAUAUGGCAAGGUUAUGAGUAUCGAUAUGUGUGGGAUACCCAUAGUCGUCUUACAUGGACACGACACGGUCAAGGAAGCCUUCUCGCGGUAUGAGUUGAGUAACCGCCCGCCUCCUCACAUAACUGAGAGUAUUGCCUCUGGUGUUGGUAUUUUAGCAUCAAGUGGCGAGCAGUGGACCGAGAUUCGUCGGUUUUCCAUGACCGUUCUCCGGGGCCUAGGUGUUGGCAAGUCACGGUUUGAGGAGAACAUCUCCACCGAAGCAGAAAUUCUGGUUGAAGAACUCAAGAAAUUUAACAGCAAGGCAUUCGACCCAAGGCAUCUCAUCGGCAAUGCUGUAUCCAACAUCAUCUGUUCAGUGGUGUUUGGUAAAAGGUUCCAGUACACUGAUCCAGCUUUCAAGCGUCUUCUGAAAGUCUUGAAUGAUCUUGUGUUAGAAUUACAGGGAGGGGGCAUGCUAGAAAACGCACCCAUCUUUGCGAAACUGAAAAUGCUUCCGUUCGUGCGAAAGUAUGUGAUUGCCACGGAGAACUUCUUCAAUUACAUUAACAUACUCUUGAAAGAACACAGUAAGGGACAAAGCUCUGAUCUUCCUCAAGAUUUCAUCGACAUGUUCGAGGAUGAACAGAAGGUGAAGGAACGCCAGGGUGUCAAGUCUCUGGCCUUACUUCCCGAGAACUUGAAGCACAUCGUGGGUGACCUGUUUGGUGCUGGGUCUGAGACCACUGCCACUACACUUCGCUGGGGGAUGCUGUACAUGAUUGCACACCCAGAAAUACAAAGACGAGUUCAGAAGGAGUUGGAUGACGUCACUAGUCGUAAUCGUCUGCCAAGAAUUUCUGAUAAGCCCGAGCUGCCGUACACCGAAGCCGUGCUGUGUGAGAUUCAGCGCAUGGGAACCAUCGUGCCAUUGGCCGUGCCACAUAUGACCGCUGAAGAUACCACCAUUGAGGGUUACAACAUCCCCAAAGGUACGAUUGUGAUGUCUAACAUCUGGCAUAACCACUUUGACCCUUUGGUAUGGGAAGAGCCUGGGCAGUUUCGUCCUGAGCGAUUCCUUGAUAAAGAUGGCAAGUUUCGGCCCCGUGAGGAACUCAUACCAUUUGGAAUCGGUCGACGCAUCUGUUUGGGUGAGCACCUUGCCAAGAUGGAGCUCUUCAUCUUCUUCACACACCUCCUGCAUCACUUCACCCUCAAGAAACCUGACCAUGUUCCCGCCGUGUCCCUGGAAGGGAAAGACGGUCUUGUCUGGUCACCAGCAAGCUUCGAGGUCUGCGCGACUGCUAGGGAGUAAAGUUGACCAAUACAAUGGAAAAUCGUCCUGGGGUGGAGUAGAUCCUGCUCUUGCUUAUAACAAAGGGGACCAUCCAAUCAGUAAUUUUAAUACCAGUGUAGAAUUUAGCUUCUGGGCUAAUAUAUAAUAUUUUGGAUAAACAAGUUAUAUAGAAUACUGACAAAGUAGUCAAAAAUUGUUUGUGAUACCAGUAAGUACAGGUAUAUUUUAUUCCUAGCAGGCUUUGUACUUUCAUACAUAUCAGAAUGUAAUUAGUAUUCAAAUUAUCAACCGUCUCCUUUAAAUCUGAGCAGUAGCCUAGCAAAAAAUUGGGACGUUGAUGAAGAAAAGUCGACCCGGGAAAAUGAAAUAAAAUGGGAAGAGAUCUUCACUUCGCAACAGACAAGGAACAGGCUACUGACAGUCCGCCUGUUUCACAGAGUUGGUUUCUGAGUUUGUAGGGGACAUUUUGAAAGUUCUCGUUUCGAAGGGGUUCUUUUCAAGGAGUGUACAUGUACAUCCGUUUAUCAAUUUGUACCUUUCGGUGAUUUGCAGUAAGUAUGUUGCAGGAAAUCUAUUGUCUCACCAAAGUAGACACGGAGGCCAGUGAAAUUCUCCUGGAGAUCAUGUUCCCUUACAUUAAGCACUUGUGUACGAUUAAAGCACUAGUUCUUGCAGAGUGUAGCUUAAUACAUUGUAACGGCACGACAGGAUUCUUUUCUUGGGGGGGGGGUGUUGCGAGUGCAACUCUGCUUAGAUUUCAUUGCAGCGAUCCCACGCAGAGAGAAGGAAUCAAUACAUGUAUGUGAUUGGCAGGUCAGCAUUUAAGACCGGAUAAGGAGAAUGGACGCAUCUAAUGCUGCCGUUCGGGCAUUAUCAGCCUUCAGUUUCCUGAAUUCCUAAUUUAUUCCCAUUCAUGAAUACUUUUUUAACCAGAGAGUCAAAGGAAGUCAAUAUAAUGAUGGAUUUCCAACGGUUUUACUUUCAAACCCUCGUCCAAUUUAUUUUAUAGUUGGCCAAAAGAACCUCUUUAUAUGGACUUGUCGCUUGCGCGUUGCGCGCCACGUGCACACAGACUCUUGACCAUUCAGAAUCGAUGGAACUGUCUCGUAUCUAGGCACCAGUGCAUGAUUUAGGUAGCGGGCGUUAUCGCUUCUUAGCGGGCAUUAUGUAAAUAUACAUGUAUGUACACGGUCAAGUUGCAGGUUGUUUAAUUUAAUACGGAGACUGUCUGAGGCAUUUAUGAGUUCAUUAUUAAUGCGCUGAACACUAUUUUGCUGAUUGGAUCAUUCUUAUUAAUAUCUUCAAGAAUGCAAAAUGCUGUCUAAUAUUUCCGCCUGUCUUUUUUCCAGAAAAAUAAGCCUUAAGCCUAUUCCUACAGCUCUUUCGGAAGCACUGAAUUUCGGUUGCAUGGUUGUUGCUAUACACGACUUUCCUCAGAUAUCGAAAAGCUAACCUCAGUAAAUGAGGGAACAUCUUUCAGCACACGAAAAAUGUUGAACGUACAAUGUGCGUAGGAAAACAUACCAACAGUUUCUUUAAGUCAUUACCUGGAUUUCGAAGUCGGAUAAGGUUUCAAAUCCUAGAAUUACCUCCCCAAAACACAGCUUACAGUUUUCCUAGCAACAAAGUGAAACUGCCUCUUUGAUCUGUGUUCCUUGGUAUUAGGUAUUCAUGUCAAACUUUGAAAUAACUGAAUGUGCAUAAAAUCAAGUGAAAACUUGUGAGAGCCACCACG